CCUCCAUCCAGUGCAGGCUGGUGGGAACAGCCGUGUCGUUCUGCCUGCCUCACUCCUGCUCCCAAGACUCUGCACGAGUGCGGCAGGGCUUGGCCGAGAACGGGCAUCGCCAGGGAGGAGUUGGAGGAGACUAGGUCAUGGAACUAGGUCUUGGGUGAAUGCAAGGAGCUCUUCUUGACUGAGGAAAAGCGAGCACCUGUACUCAGCUGGAAUUGACCUGGAUGAAAGAAACUGGCAGGGGUGUGGCCGGCUGUUUUCCCCAGAGGUGCCUCUUGGUUUUGUUUUUUUGCGUUGCGUCGAAGCGGCACUUGCUGAACACUCCUCUCGGUGUUGCACGUCUUGGCUGCUGCCCUCAAGGAGAAGCUGAUCUUGAGCCUUCAGGUGACAACUGAAUGCCAUACUAGGGCUGUUGGCGACGAUGAAGGUGUUUGGGGAGAGCCACUGGACCCAAGUCUUGACCUGCUGCUGUUUCUUUCCUUCACUCGCAAGUCUCCUUCCCGUGAGGAAGCCGACGGAAAGAUCUGUUUUGUGACAGUCUCUGCUCCCCCUCCUUUCCUCCGUUCUCGACAUAGUUUAGGAAGGGGAGGACCAGAGGCAGGUUCAGACCAGGCGCACAGGCCUGGGCAGGUCCAUGCUGGUCUCGAUACAAUCGGCGAGGAAGAUCUGGGACAUCCUUCGAGGCGUAGGACCGAAAGGCAGGCAAAGAAGGGGCCGGGACAGGAAAGGAAACUAAGAAAAUGUGAGCCAGCAGAAAGAAGAAGUUGCUCCGAGGAAGCCACUUUAGGGCACAAGAAUGGAUUCCCUGGGUGGCAAGGAGGAGAGAUACGUCUUGGUGGAAUACCCCUUUGAGUACACCGCUAAGGAUGGGCAGCUGAUUUCAAUACAGCCCAACGAGAGAUACAUGCUUCUGAGGCGAACCAAUGACCACUGGUGGCACGUGAGGAAGAACAAAGAAGCCCGGCCUUUUUACAUCCCAGCAAAAUAUGUCAAGGAGCUGGGCCCUGUGACCCACACCAUGCCACCCUCCGAGGAGCUGCCCCCCACAACCAUGCUGGAAAAUGCCAACUUAGAGACCUCUAUCGGGGUCAGCCAGGAGCCGGCGGCGGAGUACGAGUACCGGUUUGUCAGUGCCGUCCCAGUGUGUGAGGUAGAUGCAGAGAAAGCUGCCUUUCCUUCCCUGCGGUGCUCGAUCUCCUCAGGGGUCGAGACGACGAUCCCCUUUGACGUUGGCGGGAAAGCUCCGUCCCCCAUUUCCGGAGCAAGCAGAGCCGCUCUUUCUGCCCUCAGCGCAUCUCACGGUUCCCUGCAGCCUCGCGAUGCAACAGGUUCCGAUUCUUCCCCAGUGGGCUACAGCCAUUCCUCUGAACACAUAAGGUCUACGGUGUCCCUGGAUGACUUGGCGAAAUUCGCGACGCCCCCCGGCCAGGCGGGUGUUGGGAACUUGCACAAAGCUGCCUCGUGGAGUCCUGCUCACCCGCUCCCUAAGAGCAACUCCGAAACCUUCCACAAAGCAACGCAGGAAAAGGUGGAGGAGCAUACGCCAGAGCCCUGUGCCAGACAGCCUCAGCCAAGCAAGGAGGUAGCUGAAGAUCCUGUGUAUGUGAAUCUCCAGGAGCUGCGGUUGGAACGGAGUCCCUCCACUGCGAGCAAAACUGAAUCCAUACCCCAGCCCCACCUCAGCAGCCCCCCGGCGAGCUGGGAGACCCACACGGACGCAGAAAGUGGCCGCUUGUUCUAUUACAACUCGGCAACUGGCCAAACGACGUGGGAGCUUCCCAUUGAUGGUCCUGCUUGCGGUGGGAGCCCCCCUCCUUCUUGCUCUCCCUUGCUUGCCCUUAGCCCUGCCACACCUGCCGAGUGGGACCAAUAUGUAGAUGAGGCCAGCGGGCAGGUGUUCUUCUACAAUACAUCGACGGGCGAGACGUCGUGGGAUGCACCCCAAAGGGACGAAACCCUCAAUUAUCCGGAGAUGCAGCCUGCGUUUGUGCCCUACAGCCCUGUGGAUCGGAGGCCGCCAACUCCAGAAACUGACUACCCCAACUUUUCUCCCGAUGAACUUGAGCCCUACCCUGAAGAAGAUUAUUCUCCGGUUGGCUCCUACCAGCCGCUGGACGGACUCUGCGUUCCCUCUGCGUACCAAGGCUGGCCGUCCUAUGGCAACCAGGAAGGACUGGUGUUUGAUGGUGACCAGUAUGCCUCCAACCCGGUCACUCCAUCCGGCCACCAUCACCACAGUACCAGCAGUGGCUCCAGCCUGGACAGCAGCCCUUUUGGAAACUGGUCAACCUUCUCUGGGCCAAAGGAGGGACAGUUAAAAACACUUGAAAAGGCUGGGAUGCUCUUUCGGACAAAGACUGCUGAUAAAGGGAAACGUCAGAGGAAGAAUUGGAGUUCUUCAUGGACAGUCCUGGAAGGCGGUGUCUUGACAUUUUUCAAGGACUCAAAACACUCCACGUCUAGCAGUGUGAAACAUCCCUCCGUGUUGAGUAGCCCUGAGCACACUGUGGACCUUAGUGGAGCAACACUUUCUUGGGCUGCAAAAGACAAGUCGAGCAAAAAGAACGUCUUGGAGAGCUCUUGGGGUUGUGGUGAGCAUCUUCUGUCUGGAUGUCACAGUCGGAUGGUUCCUCUGUUCCAGCUGAAGACACGGGAAGGAUCCGAGUACCUGAUCCGGCACGAUUCAGAGUGCAUCAUCAGCACGUGGCAGAAGGCAAUUGCUGACAGCAUCAGUAAACUGCCUACAGAUUUCCCUCCGGAAGACAAUGAGGAGAAUUCAUCAGAUUUGAGAUCGAAGGAACAGCUAGGAAGCAACAGAGAGAAAGAGGGCGAGAAGAAAAGCCCAGCCUCCUGGCAUUCAUCCACCUCUCUCAACUCGGACAGCGAUUCCAGCAAAGUUCGCAACAAACUCCUGAGGUUUCUGCAGAGGCGGCCAACCCUUCAGUCCCUGCGGGAACGAGGCUACAUCAAAGAUCAGGUGUUUGGAUGCCCUCUGCAAGUUUUGUGCGACCGUGAGAAGAGUACCGUGCCUCAGUUUGUGAGGCAGUGCAUCUGCACUGUGGAGAAGAGAGGUUUGGAUAUCGAUGGACUCUACCGGAUAAGUGGGAAUCUGGCGACGAUACAGAAACUGCGCUACAAGGUGGACCACGAUGAGCGCUUGGAUCUCGACGACGGCCGUUGGGACGAUGUCCACGUCAUCACCGGGGCCCUCAAGCUCUUCUUCCGCGAGUUGCCAGAGCCGCUGUUUCCCUUCAGUCAUUUUGACAGAUUCAUUGCAGCCAUCAAAAUUACAGAACCCUCGAAGCGCAGCUACCGCUUACGGGAGCUGGUGAAUUCUCUACCUCCUGCUAACCACAAUACCAUGAGGGUACUUUUCCAGCAUCUCUGCAGGGUUAUAGAGUUCCGGGAGGAGAACCGCAUGUCUGUGCAGAGCGUCGCGAUAGUCUUUGGGCCCACGUUGCUGAAGCCGGAGGCCGAAGAAGGGAACAUGACUAUGUACAUGGUUUUCCAGAACCAGAUUGUGGAGCAAAUCCUUAGCCAAUACAGCUACAUAUUCCCAGAGAGCUAGGCCUCCCCAGCGGAGCGCGGGAGCCUGGUUGAAUGAAGGAGCAGCUGCGACGCAAAGGGGCAGGUCCCAUCGCUGUGGGGACGACGGUGUUGCUGGGCAGUGCCAAGACUAGAGACAGUGAAGAUAUGGGAGGGAGGGAGAGAAGUGGCUAGCAAUAAAACUGUCAAUGUAGGAUUCAGAAUGUCCAUGGUUGCCUCUCUUGAAUGUUGUGGGUCCUGGAUGUGAAACCCUGCUAGACGCGAAAGGAGCUAAGUGAUCUUCAAUUCCCAUCCAAAAUAUCUUUAGCUGAAGGAUGUAGUGUGGGCAAAAUUUUGGAGGGAAUGGGAGGGAGGCUUCUGUGGCCAAGUGCACACCAUAAUGUUUCCAAGCAUCCUGGCUUCUUGCUAAGGGAUUAUAGGGAUUGUCUUGCUACAAUUGUCCUGUGAAUCUUCAGCUCUUUUGAGCGAACUUGCUUUUGUUUUAAAAAAAAGCACAUCCGGAUGGUGGGUUUGAAUAGGGACAGAAAUCCGUUCCAAGAGCAUUAGUCACCCAAACUCUAGGCCGUGCGGCACACACCACCUGUCUCUGCUCAUGCCCAACACAGAAAAUUGCAAGAUGCCAUCCCAUAACGCAGGUCACAAGCGUUUAUGGGAAUAAUGGCGGGUUCAGCUUUGUAGGGUUAACAGCAGUGCAUCACCUGCUCAUUCCGGUGCAUGUCUGUAAUUUUAGCUAAGCUUGGGGGUAACUUAACGCUCCUGUGAUUUGCAGGUUUGUGUUCAGUUUUCCUCCCCAAGAUAGAAAAGGAAGAGUUGAUUGCACUCCUUAUAGGUAGGUAGCUUUGUUGGUUGGCCCUAGUUGAAACAAAAUAAAAAAAAUUCCUUCCAGUAGCACCUUAGAGACCAACUAAGUUUGUCAUUGGUAUGAGCUUUUGUGUGCAUGCACGAAAUCUGAAGGAAGUGUGCAUUUGAAGAAGUGUGCAUGCACACGAAAGCUCAUACCAAUGGCAAACUUAGUUGGUCUCGUGCUACUGGAAGGAUUUUUUAAAUUUUUAUUUUGAUCGCACUUGACCGGUUUAUUGAGAUUGCCCUGUUUGUGGUGUGCAACUUUGUCCACCCGCAGUGUGCUUCCUAUACAUGUUCUACCUCUGCAAAAAAAUUGAUCCUGGGAGCAUCUGCCACUGAUUGAAAUGUUUCUUUGUAUCAUAGAACAAGGCACAUGCAGGGCACACACGACUUCUGACGUUGCACGAGAAGCAAUAUCUGCAUGAGUGUUUUCAUUGGCAAACUUUCUGGUUCAGCCAAGAGGAUUCAGUUUGUGCUUUUAGCACCAACGGUGAUUGAGAAGGCUAGUUUUUUGCCAUUUGGGAAAAAUUCUGUGGCUUAGAUCUGUGAACUUCCUGCUCCAAUGUUGCACCACUCAUCUGUCACACUGCUCAACAGCACAAAUAAGUGGCGGAGUCUCACACUGGUAACAAUGAGGUCUAAUUCUUCCCCAUUUCCAGUGGAAAACACCAUGUACUGGAAGCUGUGUACAUAGGCUUGCUGCCUUUUCCAUCCUGCUCUCCUGGUUUGGGCACUGCUGCUGGUACAUGAAUAACUCAAACGUCUGAGUACACAUAGAAGCCCAGCCAAGAGCCCAGGUGCUCUGAGCCAUGAGGGUUUAAGGUUGCCUUGUCAUGGGAAAACACCGGAUUUCAUGGCCUGCCAUUCUACCAGGAAGUACUUCCCACAGGGAGAAGAGAUGCUGUUAAAACUGUGAUACAUGGCACAGCCAGGACCACUCUACAAUCUACUGAAGGAUUGGGAGUGGUUUUUUUUUGGGGGGGGGGAUAUUUUAUUUUAUUGUUAAAUCCAGCAUUCAGGAAUUCAUAGGGGGCAGGGGAUGGAGGAUCUGUGGCCCUUCAAUUGCUGCUUGUACAGUCAUACCUCGGGUUACGAACACUGCGGGUUGCGCGUUUUCGGGUUGCGGACCGCGCCGAACCCGGAAGUACCGGAACUGGUUACUUCCGUGUUUUGGCGCUCGCACAUGCGCAGAUGCGGCGCUUCAGGCUGCGGGUUGCGAACAUGCCUCCCGCACGGAUCACGUUCGCAAAAAGAGGUAUGACUGUAUUGCAUUCAACAAAAGACAGAGCGCACUCAUUGAAAGCAAUGAAAGCUCAUGUCCAUUAACUUAAGGGGGGGAUCUACUUUGAGUAGGGCUAGUAGGACCGCCCUACAGCUGCCAUUUUCCCCAAACAUUUGUCAGGGGCUGGUGGGAGUGGCCACAGGUUCCCCCAUGUCUGGCUUAGAGGAACGCUGUUCCAAAAUGGCACUUAACCAUGACUUGGUUACACCGGAUUUUGCCAACUUGGUGCCCUCCAGAUGUUUUGAACUGAAACUCCCAUCAGCAGCUGGGACUGGAGGGAGUUAUAGUUCAAAACAUCUGGAGGGCAUCAGCUUAGUGAAAGGUGGUAUACAGGAAUUUACCAUGUGGUCUCUCCGGCAUCUUUGCCUGCACAGGUUCCAGGACCAUGUGGCUUGGUUGGAGGCAUUGAAUGUGCAAUGGGUGCUUCUAAGUCCCUUGCACAAAGCCAUAGGCAGAUGUAGAAAAGUGACUUUACCAACCUACCUCGAGGGGGGAUGGGGGGGAAUUGUAUUUAUGGUUUUAAUGAACAAUGAAGGAGGAAUGUUCAUCCUGCUUUUUCACCUGGCCAAGGACAGGAUAUUUUCUGUGUCUUCCCUCCCAAUCUAACAUGAUAUAAGUUUGUCUGCGUUCCCUGCACUGUCUGCGUGGCGUCUGACCUUCAAGACAUAAAACCUGCAGCCCCACAACCUUUUAAAGUCCACAGAAAGUGAUAAGUCAGUAUUGCUAUUAAGAAAGUGCCCUUUCCCUAUGCACCUCCCUUGCAGAUGCAGCUAUGUAUUUCCAAUAAUAAUAAUAAUAAUUUAUCAUUGGAGGGGAGGGGAGAGAUGAAUUCCUCUCCUCCUUUUUUUUAGCCAUGUCAUGUUAUUUACUGUUUUGUGUCCACAGAGCUCUGGGCUACCAGAGGAGUUGUGUGGUUAUAAAUCGUUGGGAGAGGGAAUCCUAACAAAUUAGAAUGCAACAUGCCUCUGAUAAACGUUGGCGAAACAAGUUAAAUAUACUUCUUUAUCCCAAAGCAUUUCCUGUUCCUGAAAAAGAUUUGACAGGAGAGUCAGAGCAUUGUUAGCAGGCACAACAAAAAUGAGAUACUCGAAUCCUUUUUGUUCAGGAAUCGGACAAUUAGCACAUCUCCAUUGUGGCAUGGGUUUUGCAGAAGCACAAAAUUAUUCAGUCCCUACCACUUACCUUCUACAUUAAACAGGUUUUGAUUCUUAAAUUGAUGGUCAUUUUAGGAACCAUCUUAGACAACGGUGGUUGGCCUGAAGGACUUUUUGGUUUUUCGGUUGCUGCUUUUUUUGCUGGAAGACAAUUUGUGACAAUUGAUUUUAAAAUAAACAAUUAACCUUUCAAUGAAAGAAGUGUGUGUGUUUAUUUGGGAUUGUGUGAUGUAGUGCUUCCCCCCCCCCCCCAAGACAAGUAUGCAGUACCGGUAGAUUUUUUCCUAAAAGAAAAGCACAGGUGUUACGUCGAGUGUUUAGGAUGGAAGUUACAACGUCAUUUUGAGAAAUGAAGCAUUCUGUGUAGACGUAUUUGCGUUUGCUUUUUUGCAUUGUAGGAUCUUCCUUGUGGCUGAGGCUACAAUCCAUUUAGGGAAUCAGUUCUCUUCACUCAUUUCCUAAUGUGGAUUUUGCCUUUUCCAGUUGCUACACAUGGAGUCUACCCCAAUGUGCAUCGCUUCGCGCAUACCUCGAGCUGCAUUUUGGCAUUUAAAUGCCCCAUCUCUCUUUCUGCAUGGAUGGAUCCUGUUGGGAGUUGCAACUGUUCCUGCUGGGAUGAGGGUCUCCUCCAGCUGUUAGCUGGCUUGCAAGCCAAAGUGAUGCAAAUGAAUGAAUGAAUGAAUGAAUGAUUUUGGUCACAGACCAGUUCCAGCUCAUACAAAAUCAUGGAAGUUAGAAAUUGGGAUGUGGAACUACAAUGCCAUGUGAGCGAGAUGAAUAAACACUCAGCAAUAAAAGACAAUGAGAGGGGGUUUACCCCAGCAAUAUAUUUGCCAAAAUUAGGUAAAGGUAAAGGUGCCCCUGACCAUCAGGUCCAGUCGUGUCUGACUCUGGGGUUGCGGCGCUCAUCUCGCUUUAUAGG